ACCUUUUAACUUAAGAUAGUUUGUUCCAGGGCUAUCUCAAAAAACACUAAUUACAAGUUAAUUAAAUUAAAUGAAGGUUUGAAUGAAAGGCUGACAAGAUCCAUUGCUUCCCCAAUGAAGCAUCGUUCAUGAUAAGCUUAUUUAAUAGUUUGGUUUGGUAUCACGAGAGCAGAGAGUGGAAAAGAAAGAUGCGGAGGGUGAGAUGGAGCUGGGGCUCGGCGGCGAUAGGAGCGGCAUCAACCGCGGCUGCGGCAGCGCUCAUCGCUGGUCGACCACGUGAUCCGACCUUCCACCUUAUAUCCAUUAACCUCUCAUCCUUCCAACUUAACCUCCCUUUCCUUGACCUGGAGCUUGUUCUCACCGUUCAUGUCACCAACCCGAACCUGGUCCCCAUUCACUACGAGCCUGCCACUAUGUCUAUCUUCUAUGAUGGUUCAUGUCUUGGCACGGCCCAAGUUCAGGCUGGCUCACAGCCACCCAUGUCCUGCCGCUUUCUCGACCUGCACGCCCAACUGAAUGGUGUCCAGCUCGCGCACCAUGCUACCAAAAUACUCUCUGAUGCCGUGCGCCGUAAGAUGUCACUCGACGCCUCUGUCGACAUCGCUGGCACUGCACGAGUACUGUGGUGGCACCACCGAUUUAGUGUUCAUGUUGAUAGUCAUGUUGUUGUUGACCCUAUCUUCCUUGAGAUCAUUAAUCAGGAAAACCACUCUGAGACUCAUGUCCAGAUUGCCUGAUAAAUCAGGGUUGCUAGUAAACACCUGGCAUGCAUUAGCUUAUCUUUUCUGUAAUGAUAACCUCGCAUAAAGAAAAUAAUUAUUGUGUUUUUCUUCA